AUGAAGGACCACCGACAGCCAUCUUCAAGCCCUGCAGCAGCAGCAGCAGCAGCAGCAGCAGCAGCAGCAGCAGCAACAGUAGCGGCAGCUGCAGCAGUAGUAGCAGCAGCAGCAGUAGCAGCAGCUACACCAAUACUAGUUGCAGCAGCAACAACAGGAGCAGCUUCAGCACUAACAGCAGCAGCUGCUGCUGCAACAGCAGCAGCAACAGUAGGUGAAGCUGCAGCAGCAGCAGCAGCAGCAGCAGCAGCAACAGCAACAGGAUGUGAUGCUCCCUGA